AUGAACAACUCACAACAAAAAAUCCAUUAUAAUUCUCACAAGUGGCCACUCUCCCUUGCCACUAUCCCUUCAUCGCUAGUAUCCAUCUCCGUUGAGACAACAACCAUGUCCUCCUAUCCAUCCUCUAUUGAUCAUGUUCAAAAUCAAAAUACGGACAAUAAUAACAAUACGAAUUCAACACUUCCGUUCUCAAGUUAUUAUACUCUGAAUAAUUUUGAUCCCUAUGCCUUGAGUAUUACAUCAAUAGUCAUUAGCGUACUAUUCAUCCUUGUGUUUGUGAUUGUGUUGGCAAUCUUUGGUGUGUUUGUUCAUCGAAAACGAAAAUUAGAAAAGAUUGUAAGAAAUCAACAGACACUUCUCUCCAUGUCAGUGGUACUCUUAGUGGUCCAAUGUAUUGGACUACUGAUUCGAACCAUUUUCGAUGCUGUCAACAUGACCAUUGUGAGCGAUUUUGAUAUUUAUUUUCAAAAUCAAUAUGGUCAAGAACAAGCUCUGAAAAUCAUGCAAAGUAUGAAAUCCAAUGUUACAGCAUUGCAAGCUGGAGUUUCUUCAUCGAAAAUUACAGCUCUCUAUGUCGUUGGAACUUUUGAAAUAUUUACAUUUUUACUCAAUGUUGUGUUUAUUCCAUUAAUUGUGAAUUUUGUGACUUUUGUGUUUUUGAAAACAGUUCAAUUAGCGAAAGGACAAUUUGAAAGUAGACAGUAUAAGGCGUAUGGCUUUAUUGUCAAUGUUAUUGGAAAUGUCAUGAUUGUCGUAAUGUUUUUAUUGAGUUUUAUAGUCACUUUGAAUUACUUGCUUGGAAAAUUCAAAUUAUUCUCCACAGAUGUUCAGUUAUAUAUUUACUUGGUAUUGUUUGUGAUCUAUACUUCUCAAAUCAUCUUGCAAACCAUUGCCUUUAAUAUUGUUUCCUUCCGAGUGUUGAGACUCAUGUCUAAAAAUUCAGCUCAUUCUCAAAAGCCAUUCAAACAAGUGAUUGCACUUCAAAUUGGUCUCACUUUAGGAGCCUUAAUUCAAGUGUUAGCAACUGGAAGUGGUGCAUUUAUGGAACAAUGGGUCUAUUGUAAAUUGAUUUAUUAUAUUUUGAAUUGUUUAGGAAUUGUAAUUUUCACUGCCUUAUUGAUUCCUCUUUUCAAACCACUGUUCAAAGGAACUGUUGAGGAAUUGCAAGAAUUAAAUCCUUCCAAAGUGACUUCUGACAGCGCACUCACCUCUCCAAGAGGGUUUGAGGUGGAAAUGAAGGAAGAAGGUAUCUUUUCUCCAACCAACAACAACACGACCACCUCACACUCUGCAUCGAGUCAAUAA